AUGGCGGAUGUUGAGUUAGCGAAAGCAUUGAAAGAUCUGCCAAAUCGUAUUCAAACCGCUAGCAAAACCGAGCGGCGAGAGAUUCUGCAAAAUGUCGUCAAUGUGUUGUCAAACCCUGGCAUCAGUGACAAGAUUGUCAAUGGAAUUUGCAAAACCUUGUCUCUUACAUUACAUCGAUAUAAGGAUACAGGUUCCCAAUCUUACGUGAAAAAUGUAAUUGUGGAAUUAUUACAAAAGCAAUCAGAAACUGCAGUAAAGCACAUGACAAAUGUGAUAGUAGAACAGGCUACAUGGCAUACAACUGUAGUUCCUACAUUAAAUACUGCUUUAACUGCAUAUCUUGCGUUAAAGUGGUCCACAUUAAUUAUUUUACAUGGGUAUAAAAACAAUGCAGGCAUUAAUACAGAUUUACCAAAAUUGAUUGUGGCACAAGCUGAUUUAAGUGCAGCAGCUUUGGCAUCCAGGAAUAAGAAACUAGUAGAAAAAGUAUAUACAUUAUUGGCAUAUCAGUGGUCAAGUAUUAAAGACAUAGAAACAGCAUACGUAGAAACACUGGCUAAAUUGGAAGUUAGUAAUGGUGUAAUUGUUCUUGCUAGUUUACUUACUAAAUACUUAGUAAAUGCCAAGAAAACUGAACUGGUGGGAAAAUUGAAGGCAAACAUUAUAGACGGUUUUAUAAAAGUUACUAUUAGUUGCAAGAAAAAACCAGAUCUAUACGUUGUUAAUACUGCUGUACCUCUUCUGCGUAGAAUAACUCACGACGAAUUCAAGAGUCAAUUACUCCCAGCUUUGCAAAAAGCUAUGUUAAGGAAUCCAGAAAUUAUUAUUGAAUCUGUUGGUCACAUUCUCAGUGGUUUAAGUCUCGACUUGAGUCAGUAUAGCCAAGAAAUAAGUAAAGGAUUGUUUGCGAAUUUGCAUUCUAAAGAAGAUUUAGUUAGAGAGGAGGCAGUUGGAGCUUGUCGUAGACUUGCUCUACAAUGUUCAGAUACUACUGCUUUGGAAAAUUUACUGACAUCUGUAUUUGCUGUAUUCCAUGGAUCAGAAGGAAAGCUCACUGUUACAACACACAAGAUUUCUGUUUUACAAGGUGCUGGUAAUCUUAGUUACAACGCAGCCUCGGGCAACAGUGUACAAAGAUUGGCUGAAACAGCUUGUGAACACUUCAUAAAAGUUUUGGAAACCGAAGUUCAUGAGAAAACUUUAAUUCAUGCUCUUGAAAUGAUGGCUUUAUGGUCCAUCAAAUUUGUAAUUUAUGUUCCGAAAAGUGUAAUAGAUGCAUUUAAAGAAGGAAUGGGUGCCAAGACAUCCACUCCCGCUGUGCGUACUGCUUACAUUAAACUCUUCUUUUCCGCGCCUGUAACUUCUUAUUCUGGAACAAUAACGCCAGUACUCAUACAAUCAAUAAUGAGAGCUACACAGCAAAGUACACAACCAGCCGCAGUUACAGAAGGUUUAGUAGCUGCUCAUUUGCUACUGAAAUUUGUCCUUGCCAAUCAAGUGGAGAAUGAUAAACAGAACAUAUUGUGGAAUGCCAUUAAUGACCAAAUAUUCUUUUCAGAAAAAUUUUUAACAACAUGCGGGGACGAUAUUUUGUAUCAUCUUAUGCUACUUUGUGAAAGACUUAUUACAGAAUUUGCUGACAGAUUAAAUGAAAAAGCUCUGAGUGGUGUCUACAAAGCGGUUGUAAUUUGCGCGACAGCUCCGAAGUCUAACAUUCGAAAACGCUGUUUUCCAUUUGUGAAAAAAAUUGUCACCGGUUUAAAUAGUAACACACCCUCGCAAGAAUUAUUAAUGGAAUAUGAUAAAUUUUUAGAAAAUGUAAAAAUGAAGUCAGAAACUGAUAAAGAUAAUAAAGACGAUUCUUCUACUGGCGAAAUAACUGGCAGGUGUCUUGCGGAUGGAUUACUUGCUAUUUGUUCAGGUUCCUUUUUGUUUGAAUUACCGGCUAUGCAAAUGACAAGGGAUGCAUUGAUACCGUCGCAUCACCCUGCGAUAUGUAAGGCGAUGCCAAACCUGUGGUUUAAAAUUGCGAAAAAUUAUAAUCUUGUACCAAAAGAUUUUUUAUGCUCUUUUAAUGGUGAAAUAAAAAAAUUACUGGUGCAAAAUUUCAAACCUGUUGCUAGUUAUGAAAAUGCGUUAAUAAGAGUGGUAUCGAUUGUACCAGAGAUUAUAUUACCUACAUUAGUAUCAAAUGUUACAAGUAAGCUCGAUGACCCUGAGAUUUUAAAAGUAACUAAAGAUGAAUAUUUUACAUACCUCACUCCAGAAGGAGAGUUGUAUGACAAGAGUGCAUUGCCAGUAAUUGAUGAAAAUGAUAUUCUGAACUCAAUGAAUAUGAAAAGAGAGAGCAAAGCAUAUUCAUUUAAAGAACAGCAAGAAGAGCUUCAACUUAGACGGGAAUUGUAUGAAAAAAAGAAGAAGGAGGGGAAAAUAAAGGAGCCAAAAUUAACACCUAAACAAGAAGAAAUUCUUAAAGUACAAAUGGCAAAAGAAACAGCAAUUCGUAAAAAACUGACUGAAUUGAAAAGUAGAAUAGACAAUGUUGUAUCUCUGGUUACAUGUUCAGUUAAAGGAAACGGACAAGAAGUCUCUUUGUAUUUGAAAGAUCUUUUGCCGCCAAUAUUAAAAAAUUUGAAAUCACCAUUGGCAGCUCCUGCAAUGUCCGAUCUAUUUAUUCGCUUGAAAAGUACAGUGAAGAUCGGCAGUAAUCCAACGUUAAGUGAUUUAGUGUCACAUGUUACGUUACGUCAAUUACAACCACAGUGCGACUUAGACCAAGCUUGGGAAGAAGAACACCUGGAUACAGCUGUAAAGAGAACAUUAAAUCUUUUACACACGAUUACGAUAAAACAAAGGAAAUUAUUCACAGCUCCUGCCUUUUGCUACAUUUUUCCAUUUAUAAAGAAAACAUUGUUAUCUUAUAAAGAUGAUGGUAUGAUUGUACAAGGACUACAGAUAAUACAGGAACAUGCCAAACAGAGAGAAAAUUCUUCUGAUUUAAGAGGUAUGAGGCAUCCUCGAAUACUUCCACGUAAACAUAUAUUCGAUCUGUUAAUCGAAAUGAUGGAAAUAACAACUGGAAGAGUACAAACGCAUGCUGUUGCAACCUUAAUAGAUGUUGCUCAGUCUGGUAGUGGCCAACCAGGUACUACAUUAGCAACUAACGAGGACAUAGAUUCUUUAAUUGGAGCUUUACAAAAUUCUUUACCUACAAUAAGAGAUGCAGCCCUAAGAGCCUUAUCAGUCGUAAAAGAUGCUUUUCCACCUCAAAAGGAAGAACCUAUAAAAUUAUUUCACAUUAUUAGAAGAAUAUGGGUCGCCAGGUUUGAUUUUUGCGAUGAAAAUAAAAUUCUGGCUCAUGAAUUAUGGCAUUCAGCAAAUUUAGUAGCGCGUGCAGAUGUUCUUGCGCAUGAACUUAUUCAGGAUAUCGAACACCCUGUUGAACCUAUACAGCAAGCUGCUGCUUGUGCUUUGGCACAGUGUUUGAAUAACGUCCCCAAUUUGGUACCAUCAACAUUGGAUAGUUUAUUGCAACUUUAUCAAGAUAAAUUAGCUAUGAUUCCACCGAAAUUAAACGAUUUUGGUCGCGUGGUUGAGCAACCAAUUGAUACUUGGGGUCCUCGACGAGGUGUUGCACUUGCAUUGGCUCAGUUGGCACCUCUUCUUACCGCUGAAACAGUACUUAAACUUGUGCAAUUCUUUGUUUCGACCGGCUUAGGCGAUAGAAAUCAUGCUGUUCGCACGGAAAUGUUAACUGCUGCUGUAGCUGUUGUUGAUCUUCAGGGCAAAGUAAACAUAACGUUUUUAUUGCCCAUUUUUGAAGCAUUCAUGGACAAAGCCCCAAAGAUUGGCAGUUUUGAUUCAAUCAAACAAUCGGUGGUUAUUCUUAUGGGAUCGUUAGCAAGGCACUUGGAUAAAGAUGAUCCUCGUAUUAAACCAAUAGUUAUGCGUUUGAUCGCGGCUCUUUCUACUCCAUCACAACAAGUCCAAGAGGCUGUGGCCAAUUGUUUGCCGCAUCUUGUGCCGUCCAUCAAGGAAGACGCCCCAAAAAUUGUGGACAAUUUAAUAGAUCAGUUAUUAAAGUCGGACAAAUACGGUGAGCGUAAAGGUGCAGCUUAUGGUUUGGCAGGUAUAAUCAAGGGUAUGGGAAUACUUGCCUUAAAACAGCUUGAUAUUAUGACCACAUUAACUAAUGCCAUUCAGGAUAAGAAAAACUAUAGGCAUCGAGAAGGAGCAUUGUUCGCAUUUGAAAUGUUGUGUACAAUGCUUGGCAGAUUGUUUGAACCUUAUAUUGUUCAUGUACUACCGCAUUUGCUGUUGUGUUUCGGAGAUUCAAGUCAGUAUGUGAGAGCCGCUACCGACGAUACAGCUCGAGUAGUUAUGAGUAAACUUUCUGCACAUGGAGUGAAACUUGUUCUUCCGAGUUUACUAGCGGCAUUAGAAGAAGACUCAUGGAGAACUAAAACUGGAUCUGUCGAAUUGUUGGGUGCAAUGGCAUAUUGUGCUCCAAAGCAACUAAGCAGUUGUUUACCAAGCAUAGUUCCAAAACUCAUUGAAGUACUUAGUGAUUCACAUACUAAAGUUCAAGAGGCUGGUGCAGAGGCUCUUAAAGUUAUUGGAAGUGUAAUUCGUAAUCCAGAGAUUCAAGCUAUUGUGCCAGUCUUGUUGAAAGCUUUACAAGAUCCAUCCCAUAAAACAGCAACUUGUCUCCAAACGUUAUUGGAUACACAAUUUGUGCAUUUUAUCGAUGCUCCGUCAUUGGCUCUUAUUAUGCCUGUGGUGCAAAGAGCAUUUUUAGAUCGUUCUACAGAAACAAGGAAAAUGGCUGCGCAAAUCAUCGGAAAUAUGUAUUCAUUAACUGAUCAGAAAGAUUUAUCUCCGUAUCUGCCAACCAUUAUUCCUGGCUUAAAGACGAGUUUAUUGGAUCCUGUACCAGAAGUGCGAAGUGUGUCCGCAAGAGCAUUGGGUGCCAUGGUACGGGGAAUGGGUGAAUCCAGUUUCGAAGAUUUGCUUCCUUGGUUAAUGCAAACACUUACAUCUGAAACAAGUAGCGUAGAUAGAUCUGGUGCCGCACAAGGUCUUUCAGAAGUUGUAAGAGGACUCGGCGUUGAGAAACUUCACAAACUUAUGCCCGAGAUUAUUAGUACAGCUGAAAGAACGGAUAUAGCCCCCCAUGUUAAGGAUGGUUACAUUAUGAUGUUCAUUUACAUGCCCAGUGCGUUUACAACAGAAUUUACACCUUACAUCGGACAGAUCAUUAAUCCUAUAUUGAAAGCUCUGGCUGAUGAAAACGAAUAUGUACGUGAAACUGCGCUUAGAGCAGGUCAGCGCAUUGUUACUCUUUAUGCCGACUCUGCGAUUAUGUUACUGUUACCGGAAUUGGAGAAGGGUCUUUUUGAUGAUAAUUGGCGUAUUAGGUAUUCAUCGGUGCAAUUACUUGGAGAUUUACUGUAUCGAAUUUCCGGUGUUUCGGGAAAAAUGUCAACAGAAACAGCUAGUGAAGAUGAUAAUUUCGGAACCGAACAGUCGCAUUACGCCAUUAUUAAUGCUCUUGGCGCGGAAAGACGGAAUCGUGUUUUGGCUGGAUUAUACAUGGGUAGAUCAGAUGUAGCAUUAAUGGUACGUCAAGCUGCUCUUCAUGUAUGGAAAGUGGUUGUAACGAAUACUCCAAGAACAUUGAGGGAAAUAUUACCGACACUUUUUACACUUUUGCUUGGUUGUUUGGCUAGUACAAGUUAUGAUAAAAGACAAGUGGCAGCGCGCACAUUAGGAGAUCUUGUUAGAAAAUUAGGCGAAAGGGUAUUGCCAGAGAUUAUACCUAUUUUAGAAAAGGGCCUUCAAAGCGACCAAGCCGAUCAACGUCAAGGUGUAUGUAUUGGAUUGUCUGAAAUUAUGGCAAGCAGAAAUAAAGAUACAGUGUUAAAUUUUGUGAUCAGUUUGGUUCCAACAGUGAGAAAAGCGUUGUGUGAUCCUUUACCGGAAGUUCGACAGGCAGCAGCAAAAACUUUUGACGGUUUACAUUCAACUGUGGGUGUUAGAGCAUUAGACGACAUACUACCAGCAAUGUUAACGCAAUUGAACUCAUCAGAUCCAGCGGAAGCAGAAAAUACGUUAGACGGUUUGCGUCAAGUAAUGGCGAUCAAAUCUCGAGUUGUUCUGCCAUAUCUAGUACCUCAAUUAACAACUCCUCCGGUUAAUACAAAAGCAUUAUCAAUUCUGGCGAGUGUUGCGGGUGAAGCAUUGACAAGGUUUCUCCACAAAAUUCUGCCAGCUUUAUUAACUGCUCUCUCCAGUGCUCAAGGAACACCUAAUGAAGUUCAAGAAUUAGAAUACUGCCAAGCGGUCAUUUUAUCUGUUACCGAUGAAGUUGGUGUUCGGACGGUAAUGGAUCAAUUAAUGGAGGCUACUAGAGCAGAAGAUCCAUCCAGACGACGAAGUGCUGCCACUUUACUGUGUGCUUUUUGCCGAGAUACACGCGCAGAUUAUAGUCAGUAUGUCCCUCAGUUAUUACGAGGUCUUAUUCAUUUGUUCACGGAUGAUGACAAAGAUGUACUGCAAAUGAGUUGGGAAGCACUUACAGCUGUUACUAAGACUCUAUCAUCACAUCAACAGAUCGCUCAUGUACAAGACAUUAGACAGGCCGUUCGGUUUGCAGUAUCUGAUUUAAAGGGGCAAGAAUUAUUACCCGGAUUUUGUUUACCGAAAGGAAUUACACCAAUUCUUCCAGUAUUCAGGGAAGCCAUAUUAAAUGGCUUGCCGGAAGCAAAAGAGCAGGCUGCUCAAGGACUAGGUGAAGUUAUAAAAUUAACUAGCCCAUCGGCGUUGCAACCAAGCGUUGUACAUAUUACUGGACCGUUAAUUCGAAUUCUUGGAGAUCGUUUCAAUUGGAGCGUUAAAGCAGCUGUUUUGGAGACACUUGCAAUAUUGCUUGGCAAAGUCGGAGUAAUGUUAAAACAAUUUUUACCGCAACUGCAAACCACUUUCUUGAGAGCAUUGAAUGACAGUAACAGACAGGUGAGGUUGAAAGCUGCCUAUGCUUUGAGCAAUCUUAUUGUAAUCCAUACACGUCAUUCAAAUAAAAUUUUGUUGUUCAGGGAAACAAUGUUACAAGCUUUACGAGGUGUACUGACACCUGCUGGUGACAAAAUGACAGAACCGAUGAAGAAACAGGUAUUUGCUACUUUAACUAGCAUGCUAGGCCAUUCGGAAGAUGUUACGAGAAACGCAGUGGCUGGCUGUUUCGGAGCGCUGAUACGAUGGCUUAGCCCAGACCAACUUGCCGUUGCAUUUAAUGAUCAUUUAUUAUGUAAUGACGCUAGUGUUGACUGGAUGCUCAGACAUGGACGUUCCGUGGCGUUAUUCGUCGCGCUAAAGGAAUCACCAACAACAGUAUAUAAUGGUAAAGAGAAGGAUCGUGUCUGUGCUAUUAUACUUUCGUAUUUAGCGGCGGAUCGAGUACAAAUAGUUAUGAAUGGUAUACGAGCUUGUGGUUAUUUGUUCCAAUAUCUUGUGAAUGAAGGACAACCUAUACCUCAACAAAUCUUAUCGCCUUUUGUGAGGUCUAUGAACAAUAAUAGCAAUGAUGUGAAGCAAUUAUUGGCCAGAGUUUGCAUUCAUCUGGCUCGUAACAUACAACCUGAAAAGAUGUCACCAGAAUUACUUAAGUCACUUUUACCAAUGUUGGUAAAUGGUACGAAAGAGAAAAAUGGUUACGUAAAAGCCAACAGCGAACUUGCUCUGAUUGCAGUUCUUAGACUGAGACAAGGUGAAGAAGAAUAUCUGCGUUGUAUGACCUUCUUGGACGCCGGCGCAAGAGAAUCUUUAUCGGAUGUUGUCAGCAAAGUGUUGCGCAAAGUUCUUUCGCAGUCCGAAGGCAAAAUGGAAGAAUUAGACGAUACUUUACUCACAUGAGAGAUAUUGUACGUCUUGGGGCUCAUUACAUGCUGCACUCGUUCUAAUAAUAAUACUAUCCAUCAAUAUUCAAUCGAUUUUUAUAAAGCGACUUACUGUUCGUGUACUAGUUACAUUAUAAAACAAUUAGAUCACUCAACAUUGUAUCUCGAUAAUCAAUUAAAUAACGUAAAACGUUACAAUCACUCGGUGGAAUUCAAAUUACUUAAACUAAGGUGUCCCGCAUACCAAAUAGUUCGAAUCGUAACUGUAGAUACUUCUGUGCAAAAUGUUUUGUAUGAUUGUCUUAUUAAUGAUAUGAUUGUACACAGUUUAAUUGUCAUUGUACUACAGUUGUCCCAAGAAAAGCACGUAUAUGUAAACGGAACAAUAGAAAGUAAUAACGCAGAAGAACGUAACCAAUUUAAACAUCAGAAUCACAAAGAUGAUUUAAGAAACGAAGCAAACUUCAAUAAUAGUGCACAUUUACCAUACAUUCUUUUCGUACGCGAUGUCCUUUUGUAUGUUCAGCAAGUAUUACGAUGGAAAAUAAAUUAUUAUGUUCAUACAGAUUUGCCAACAUUUUUAAGCGGAAUCACACGGACGUUAGAUGUUUUAUGAGAAAUGAACGCUGACCUGUUGUUAAUUUGAAAAGUAGCGGACUAAGCAAAAUGUUCACUCGCCGUCGAAGAUUCUAAUAGUGAGACGAUCUAUUGUCGUAUAAACGCGAUGCGCUGUCUUGUAUUGUAG